UCUAGCUUUCGUUCCAAAUUUCCUAACAAUGGCUCUCGAUUAUUCUAGCUACGCUUGCAUCUUUGUCAUGACUUUAUUCUUGUUCAUGGCUAGUCAUCCUCGAGCAGAUGCUGCUGAAACUUCCACAGCCUUACUUAUAAGCGUUGACCAAUCAGGUAAGGGAGACUACCGGACGAUACAAGACGCCAUUAACGCCGUGCCGUCAAACAACAAAGAACUUAUAUUCAUAUUGGUUAAGCCCGGCAUCUACAAAGAAAAGGUUGUUGUGCCAGCCGAUAAGCCUUUCAUUACAAUAAGUGGUUCAGAGGCAAAUGCAACGAUAAUAACUUGGAAUGAUAGUGGGGAUAUAUUUGAAUCUCCUACCUUCACUGUGCUGGCCUCAGAUUUUGUUGGCCGAUACCUUACAAUUCAGAAUACAUUCGGACCUGGUACUAAAGCAGUUGCAUUAAGGGUGUCUGGAGAUAGGGCAGCUUUCUUUGGGUGCAGGAUUUUAUCUUAUCAGGAUACGUUGCUUGAUGACACUGGAAGACACUAUUACAGCCAUUGUUACAUUGAAGGAGCCGUUGACUUCAUUUGUGGGAAUGCCGCGUCACUUUUUGAGAGGUGCCAUUUGCAUUCACUCUCAGUAGGAGAUGCGGCUAUCACAGCCCAACGAAGGGAGUCCCCUUCAGAGCAGACAGGGUUUACCUUCUUGGGUUGCAAGGUCACGGGCGUCAGGACUGCUGUACUUGGAAGGCCAUGGGGUCCAUAUUCCAGGGUCGUCUUUGCCCUAACCUAUAUGUCUAAUGUGAUACUGCCCCAGGGAUGGGAUGACUGGGGAGACUUUGCCAAGCAAAGCACGGUGUUCUACGGAGAAUACAAAUGUUACGGACCUGGAGCCAAUACAAAGAAAAGGGUUGAAUGGUCACAAAACCUGACGAGCCAAGAGGCCGAGCUGUUCUUGACAAAGAACAUGAUUGGUGGCAAGAGUUGGAUCAGGUCUACCCCAACCCGUUUCAAGAAAGCUUCAUCUGCCAUUUCUAACAAUUCCACUCAACAUGCCUGAUUAAGAACAAAAGGAAUAUGUUGUUCUCCUACUUUCAUGAACCUGUUAGAAAAUUUGUUUAUGUAACCAGUGAUUCGUUCAUUUAUUUAUUGUUUUAAAAAUACUGUGAUUUUCCCUUGUAUCAUUCAUGAAGAAGAAUAACGUUGGUAAGAUCAAUGAAGCAUCCAUUAAGAAAACAUUUCCAUUUCUUUAUUAUUUUAUUACAAUAGCCAAGAUAGCAGGUACUAUUAAGAUAAACUAGAGUAUAACCCAUGCUACGCGUUGGGUACAAUUUUUUUAUAUAAGAAUAAAAUAUGAAAUUAAUUUAUAUUAAUAAAGAUAAUUAUUAAAAAUAAAAAAUAAUCAAAAUAUUAUUUACAAAUUACAUUGCAAUGUGUAA